AAUCUCGUGAAUCGUAUAGAUAGCACGUGUCACAGGCGCUGAGAGUUGAAAGUAUUCUCUUUUUACAUAAACUGUUUUUACUUAAAUUUUAAACAUAUUUAUAAAAUGGCGCGGACAGUUAUUAAAUUUUGGUUAUUCACAGUUUUGUUUUUGUCCACAUCUGGAAUAUUUUCUGGAAAAGUGCCGACAGUUUAUGAUGUAUUACAAUUAGUCUAUCAAGUCUGUUCAACAGAAGAGUACAAUCGGCAAGAAAGUUUAUCGUGCGUUAGUUUGCAUAUGGGUAAAGACGUGAUUUCUGUGGUUGAGAUGUGCAUGUCGGACCCUAACAAUCCAUCGAACGAAACCAGCUCUGUGAAGGUGUUCUGCGAACACUUGACCCAUGUUCCCGAAUGGGUAGCAAAGCAUACGAGUCCGCCACCCCAGCUUACACGGGUUAUGGGAUUAGCAGCUCUGGGCCGCAUGGCUUGCGUCUUGGGAGAAGUCCAGCGACCAUUGCCAAUGUGGCAGGCUGCAUUUGCAAAAUGUUUUCCCGAUUACCGUUCUUUGACUGCUCAAAAUAAAGAAAGCACAAAAAGAAGUGAAAAUAUGUUGACAAGCAACAUCAAGGAUAUUCGUUGAAACCAGAUGAAGAGAUGCCAAAAGAUGCCUUUUGUCAAUGUGAUAGUGAUCAACAUUGUUCUGUAAUAUAGUCAUAUUUCAUUAUCAUACUGCUUGAUUUAGCCACUUCAUGAUACAUCAUCAUUUAAGACUGCCAGAAAAUAAUAAUAUUUGAUAAAAUGAAGUACUUUUACUAGCAAGUCAAUCUAUAUACUGCUCCUUGAAUGUCUAUAUUGUAUUCUGCAUUAUUUGUAUAUCAUGUAAAAUAUUUGAAAAUAUAUUUUAUGUGAUAUACAAAUGAUGGCAACUAAUGCUUUCGUUUAAAUGCCAUCUUAAGUCAUCCUUAUUCCUUUUAGAAUCAUAUAUAUUUUUAUGUAUAUAUUCUCAUCCAUUAGGAUUUUUUAAAUUGAAUAUUACAUUAGAUAGUCAAAUUUAACUGAAUACAAAUGCAUAAUAGAAUUCUGUUAAUAUAUUUGAUAAUUUAAAAGAACCCAUGCAAAUAUUUAAUUAAUUUUAAUCAAUUACUUUUAAUUAAAAAAAUAAGAACUCAGUUCCAUCAUCAUAAAAUACACUUGGUAUUAAAAAAUGAAGUUUACUCUUUUUAAAGGAAUGAAAAUUUCAAAAGAAAUUUGAGAGAUAGCAUUCUGUAAAUUCAAAAUAUCAGAUUUACAUAUAAAAUUUAAGACGCUUUAUAAUGAACAGUUUAUCAUCUGUUUAAUAAUAAUAAAAAAAAAUAUUUUUAUCAUAUAUUCCCAUUAUCAAGAAAGAUUUUUGUUAAACUACAUUAACAUUCUUUAGAAUUUUUUAAAAAAUGUAAAUACUUACUGGUAACAAAUAUUUAUUUAAAUUAUUGUACUUUUUGAUACAUUUUUAAAAACUGACAUGUAGUAUGUUGGUUUUAUAUAAUGUACGUAUAUUUAAAUGAAUAUUCAGAUACAAUGCAUGUUAGUGCUAAGAAUAUACUUUAGUUGGCAAGUCUUUAGAGAAAUAAUAUUUCACUCGAUCUUUUCAUAUCAAAUUACCAUUUAUGAAAUAAUUAAUUAACACCAACGAGAAAACUGAUAUGUACAGAAUUAACAACAGAAGCUUUUGCUAAGUAACAUUUAUGAGGAUCUCAUGUUUCAUAAAUUUUACAGAUACAUCAGUUACCAAAGAGGAAAGCCUUUCAAAAUAGUACUUAAGAUUAAAUAAGUGCUGUUCCUCCAUAACUGACCAAUAACUAUGUCAAAUAUAAUAUAACACUGUAUCAAAUAUAAUAUAAUAACUGUAUCAAAGAAAGCAUAACAAAUGACAAACAGAUCUAAAAAUUAAAGAUUUCAUUAUCUAAUGCUUUGAUCAUUUUUACAUUAGGUUCCAUUUUUAAGUUUAAAAAUUAAAAUACUUUGAUAUGAAAAGGUCAAAUAAAAGCUGCCAUGGAUACUGUUCAGGCUGUAUAUUACUUUCAUAUCAUUGUACAGUUAUCAAAUGUGCACUUUUUUUAUUUGUAGUAGGAGUUGAAAUUUCUUAAUAAAAGAUAAAAUAUUUCACAACUUUUUGUUCACUCUUUACUUGAUUGAAAUACUAGAUUCUAUUUACAAAUAUUAAGAACACAUUUUGUAUCAUUCUUACAUUUUAUUCAGCUAAUAAAUAAAAUGUAGUAUUCUGCAACACAUCAUUAAUGUAUACCAGAAAUAGUUAGGGAAAAUUUGUAGAAAAAGCGCUGUAACCAGGAAUUGAAUAUAAAGCCCAAUAUUUUUUUUCACCUCCAUGUAAUUUUGAAUAAAACCAUGCUUUUCUUUUUCUACAAUUGAAAUUGUAAGGAGACGUAGAUAAAACAUGCCAGAAAAGUGAUCAUAUACCAAAAAAAUAUUUUCAUAAAAUUUCAUGAAUUUCACUUUUUUUUCUUUUUGGCGAGUUUUAAAAAUUUAUUUGGCUUUUUCUUUGCUUGCUUGCUUCAUUAUAUUUUAUAUAAUAUUUACAAAUAGCACUUAAUCAUAAAAAAAAGGGACCAGUAUUCAAAAAUUGAUCAUUUUUCAUCAUAGGGACUAUCAAUUCCGGAUAUAGCUAAAUUAAUAACUUUAUCCCAUUCUACGGUGCAGUAUGUGAUAAAAUGCUUUAAAGAAGAAAAUCAGAUCCAAAAUAAAGUAAGAGGUUGUCCAGCAAAGAGGACGUGACAUGAACAGAGAUUUAUAGUUAGAAAAUUUGUGGAAAAUCUACAUUUGAGUGCUGUAAAGAUUUCUACAGAAUUAACUGAAACAUUUCCUACUCGAAUUUAACUUAAAACUAUUUGACAAGUUCUCGGAUCAGCUGGACUACAUGGACGCUCUGUUAAAAGAAAAUUUUUUGCAAGUGAAAAAAUAUAAAGUCUAGGCUUUUCUUCCCAAAAUGAAUUAUAAAUAUGCCCAAAGUGUAUUGAAAUCAUGUCUUAUGUGCAGAUGAAAACAAAUUUACAUUUUUUUGGUUCCGAAUGGCGUUCAGAGAAUGAAAAUGAGGAACUUGAUUCCAAGACCUUAGUUGAAACAGUAAAGCACGGCGGUGAAGGUGUCUUUGUGCAAGGGUGCAUGUCAGCAUCAAGAUUAAAUAAUUUAGUAUUUUAUUGGCUGAAUAAUGAACCAUGUUCUUUAUUUAAAUAUUUUAAAAGGUGACUUACAAUUAUCCACCCAAAAUUUGGGUUUGGGAAAAAACUUUAUUUUUUAUCAGGAUAAUGAUCUUAAGCAUACAGCCUUCAAUGUUCACAUUUGGUGUGUCUGUAAUUGUCCAUAAGUUCUGAAAACACCACUUCAGUCACCAAAAAUUAGAGGUUAGACUAUAAAGAUACAAAACAGAAAACAAACUAAAAACAGUAAUCAUGGAAGAAUGGAGGAAUAUUGCAGAUAUUAUAAAAAAAAAAAAGGUGAGGUCUAUACCCAGAUGUUUGAACGCUAUCAUAAACGCUGCAAGAUACUAUAAUAUUUACUAAUAUGUGUAGAUUUCUUAAAGAGUGUCUGAAGACUUUAGUGAGGUAACUUUUCUGUUACUUUUUGAUUAUUGAUUUUCCAGACAAAAAAAAAAAAAAAAAAAAAAAAAAGUUUUACCAUGUUCAUAAAAUAAUUAAUGCAGUUUUGUUAAAAGAAAGUUAGACAUUACUAAAAAAUUAUCAUUCUCAAAUAUUAAUGUUGUUAAAGAAAAAAGGCAUAUUUUACUGAAACUAGUAAAUGUAUGAACACUUUUGCAAGCCACAGUAUUUCUGACCAAGAGAAGCGGGCCACACUGCUUCAGUUUAUCAAACAUGUCAUGCAGGAAAGCCUAUGAUAGAUAGAAUUACAGGUUUUCUUUCAAUUUCCAAAAGCAAAGCUUUCUCUAAACAUCUUAAUUGCCAAAAUAAUGUAAGAUACAGCAAGCAACUACUACUAAUUUAUAACAUGAAAAAUUUUUUGAAUUCUUCGAGGUCUUAACCUAAAUAUAACGUGAAAUCUUAAAUAAUACUAAUUUUUACAUAUAGCAAGAGAGGUAGUGAUUGACACAGCCUAUAGAGAUAACAAAUAUAGAGCAUAAAUUUCAAGAUCAGGAAGAGAGAGAAAAACGCACUAGAUUAAAGAGUAAUGGUCUUAAUGAUGGUACAUUAAAUCGACAUUUUAUGAAAUACAUUAAUGUUCUUUUGUGUACAAUUAAAGAAUUAAAAAAAGGUGGAAAAACAACCAACACUUUCUGAAUUUUUAUUAAUGCAUUACGGGUUAUGCCUUGUUAUAGUUUGAAUCCAUCUAAUCUCUACAUCUAUCCCAGAGCUCAGAUUGAAGCUUGCUAUCUGUUGUAGAAGGGUUGAAAAAAUGCAAAUAUGCUAAAUCACUAUGCUCUUUAAAAUUAAAAAUAACACAAUUUUGGUAUCUGCAAAAAAUAACUAUUAUUUGCACUUUUUCAUAAAAGUAAAAAUCCUUUUUUGGCCUUUCUUCUUUCCCCUGGGGAAGAGGGAAGAAAUUAGUAUUUUUAAUGUUGCACAAAAAACAUUUAAAAUAUUUUGUUUAAAAUUAAUUAUUUAUACACAUUUUUAUUCAGGCACUUGCAGAGAAAACACUCUGGUAAGUAUUCUUUUAUAUAUCAGUGAUUCAAAAAUCGUUUUCAAUCAACAUAAAUAAGUGAAUGCACAUGAUCAAAAUAUGACAAAAUUUGGAUUUUUAAUUAUUGUUAUUAUAUAUAUUAACACUUAUCUAUUAAUUUAAAUCUGUGAUUGCUACCAUCAACCAAGUUCAUCAUGGCAUUCUUCCAAACCAUCUUGAAGAUGCACCAAUUUGACUUUGUUCAUUCAUAUUUGAUUACUUUUGAGACAAAAAUUUCAAUUUCAAAGUGGCUAGGAAACAGUUAUCAAAUACAGAUUAACAAGGCAACAAGACUGCAUGUUUGUUUAUGUGCAAAUGAUUUUGAGAAUUAUAAUACAAAUGAAACUACAAGAACAGCAUGAGUUUUAUUUUAUAUUCUCUUCAGUUAUCAUUUAAAGCAGCCAUUUCACAACAAAAUGAAAAUAACAUUCUGCUUUCUUACAUUAAAAUGACUGGCUAUUGAAAGCUUAUAUAAGAUAAAAGGAAUUCAAAUAACUAUCGGCUGAAACUUUAGAAUAUUGUGGAAACAAAUUUUAGUCAAAAUUUAGUUAGUGUUUUUAAAGUUAUUACUUUCUAUUAUAAACAUGGUAUCAAAGGAAAUAAGGCUAAAUUUGGAACAAAUACAGUUAAGGACACUUUACUAUAAAACCAGACAACCAUCUUGAUAUUUCUGAAGCCAGUCGGCUUCACAAAUCAGAUUACACUGCCAAUCAAACACUCUAUGCAACACGAGAAAACGUGGCAUGACAACAAUGUUAAACUGUAUGAAAAAGACCACAACAAUAAUAUGUGGCACAAAAUACUUCUGAUAUGACAAAAAGUCAGAAGAUAACCAUAUUUCCACAUUAGCAACAUGUGGCACAAAAUACUCAUCAUUGAUGUAAUAAAAUGAAAACCAAGAAAUAACUAUAUACAUACUACACAAUAUGAUAUAAGGAUACUUAUAUCGAAUCAAAUAUGUAAGAUUUCAUAAAAAAUAUCUAGCAAUUAAUAAUUCAUACAUGCAUAAUUUUUUUCCAUGUUCAAAAAUUUGCAUAAAAUAUAUCUUACUACACAUUCUCUUUUACAGACGAGUCAGGUAACUUAUGCAAAUAAAACUUUUGGUUAUUUUACCCAAAAAUUAAAUAUUAUACAAUAAAAUAGUUUAAAAUUCCUAAUCUGUUCUCAACAUUUACUUACAUUCUUAAAUAAAUGUGAGGACAAUAAUAACUUUCCAAAGGCACUGUACUAAACAGCUUAACAUUUAUUAAGCCUUUUGUGUGUCUGUUUUAAACAGGGUUAUUCAUAAUUCUGCAAAAUAUUUUUUAAAUUUAUAACAAAAUAUGCAGCUGACAAUAAAUUUUUUUACACUGAAAGACAGAUAAACUUGCUAAGUUUCACUUUUCCUUAAACACAUUCAACAAAUGCUCAAUGUGUUCAUCUUUGCUGAUAUAGCAGAUAACCAUGUAUCACUGAAAGGAUAACUUUGAUACACCAGAAAGAUGGUUAAAUGUCAAAACAAUAAUGAUUUUCUCUUUCAACAAGACAGACCCUCACUAAUACCGGACCAUUGUUGAAAUCAUUUACUUAAGUACUUUACAAAAUCUGCUAUGGAUACACAGCUUGAGCAGCAUCUUUCUUCCAGCAUUUCUGCCACACUUGUCUUCCGAAUUUAGAAGAAAACUUCUGGUGGGAUUUGUCAAGCAUACACAUUUUGUUCCUAUUCCCCACUAAUAUUCAAGAUUGUCACAAAUAUCUACUGAUGUGUUAGGUCUCUUUGAUACACUGGCAGAUAUGUGGGACAAAAUGUUUACCAUUCACCGUUCUUUGUAUCAGCAAAUGUGAACAUACUGUGCAGUUGUGAAACAUGCAAAAACACUGCCUUUAUUUUAGUGUAAAUUCAGUAUGAGUUGUAAAGUUUAUUUGCUAUGAAUUCUUUAAAUGUUACAUGUAUUAUGAACAACCCUAGGCAUAAAUGUACAAUAUGUUAAAUUUAUAACAUAUGAAGUCAUAUAUACAUAAUGGUACAGUAAUCAGUAAAAUCAAACAUAUUAAAACAUUUUAUCUGUUGUGAAUAAUGGCUACAUAAGAUUCACCAUUUCACAGACUUUAAUAACAAAAAUAUGAAUAUAGAUGACGUAAACAUUCCUGGAAUGUUUAGCAACCCAAUUUUGUAUAUGUAUAGCCAAUAGGAAACAUUUCAAUUAAAAUAAAUAUAUAAUUUCUCACUACAUGUACACAUAAAAUGAGCGAAGAUUUAAAAUUUUGUCUUUAGUUAAUUAAAUAUAAAUUAAUUGAGGAAAGACAAUUUGACGAUCUAUGUACACUUAUUUGUAGAUUGCUAUCGAAUAUUAACAAUACAGAAAUAUUUAAAAAUACUAAAUUUUUAGCAAUUUUUUGGGAGAGAGAGGAAUUGGUAAAUCACUGUCAUACUCAGUUUUUAAUACCCCCAUGGAAAAUGGAAACUUGGUGUUUCUACAUUCCUAGAACAAGAUACUGCAGGAAGCUCUGUUUUCCCAUUUAAUACUGAUCCUACAAUUAAUGCGACUGUCAUCAGUAGUACGUCCUCAACAUGCUUUUUGUACACAGUAGAUUCAUGAACAAACAACAUAUUUCCUUUCAUUUAAUUAACCUUCUAAUAGUCAUCAAUGAGCUGAACUCUCGUUUUAGUUACAAACUGACGUGUAUGCAAACGAACACAGCUCGCAAUAAGACUUAGGGCUAAGUGAUAUUGCGCAUGUUUGGGAAGAAGAAUUGCUUAAUCUUGCAAUCACUGAAAGCUUUAAAAACACAUACUGCAACAUUUAAAAGAAGGAAGCCUCAAUUGCAGAUGAAAACUCUGUAUCUAUGAAUAUUUUAUAUUGUUAUAAGUGAAUUAAGUAAAUUUAGUUCUCAUUCGGAACAGUACAAUCUGUUCUAACUACAGGGAAAUAUUCUGCAGCACUUGUUUAGUUAUUAAGUUUCAAAAUUUCACAUUUAAUGAUGAAAGUUAACUUCAAAAGAACAUAAAAUGAAUAUUUAUAUUUACAACUAAAGGUUUGUCUUUAUCACUACUACAGGAAAAUAGAUUUUAAAACUGUCUUAAAAUAACUAGAUGAAAGAAUGCUGAAAUAUUUUAAGAUUUAUAAACACCCAUAAUCAAAAUUUUGCAUUUUGCAAAACAAGAUAUUAACAGUUCAUUAUUAACAAGUGUCCACGAGAGAUAUGCACAUGAGCUUGAGAAAAGGCAACUUCUAAUGGCACCAAAAAAAAAAAAAAAAAAAA